CUGACCCCUGCCGCGGCCGCAAAAGUUCUUGACUUUUGUCACUCGAGCGCCUUUUCAUCCAUACAAAAGCCACAGCCAUCUGCGCAUCCACAACUUGUGGUCUCCAACCGCAGGAUGAAUGGUACCUUUGCGGGCCCGCAGAGACGCAAUCGGGGUUUCCUCGGCGCGGAUAGUUCGGCCUUGAGCCCACAGGACCGCCAGGAUCGUCGCCAACUUCGCUAUCAGCUAGAUCUAAACUCAUUUAAUGCCAGGGUUUUCAUCAUUACAGCAUCUGGCUUUUUGACUGACAGCUACAACCUCUUCGCCACAAAUGUCAUUCUUACAUCAAUCAACUUUGUUUACUUUCCGAACACCACUGCCCCUAUAGGGCUCAUCAUAAAUCUCUUCACCCUACUGGGCUCGGUCAUCGGCCAGCUGCUCUUUGGUUUCCUUGCAGACUACUACGGCCGUGCCAAGCUGUACGGGAUAGAGCUCGUCCUCGUCAUUGUGUCUACAAUAGGGGUAGCCACUAGCAGCCAUGGGUAUAGUGACAAUACCGUCGGACCAGAAAUGUCAUUUCUGGCAUUGUUCACCUGGUGGAGAUUUGUUAUGGGCGUUGGCAUCGGAGCCGAGUAUCCACUGAGCUCUGUCAUAACAUCGGAGUGGUCCAGUACACAGUCAAGAACCCGUAUGCUAUCCUCUGUCUUCUUGAUGCAGCCUAUAGGUCAGGCACUGGCUCAGCUGGUCGGUCUCUUUGUGCUCCUCGGCUGGAACAAUGUCAAACAUCUGGAUUCUAGGCAAUGCGGCCUGAACAGUCUUCAUGAAGCAGAAUGCAAGAAAGCCAUCGAUGGAGUCUGGCGCAUCGUCAUCGGCUCGGGGGCAGCACCCGCUCUCCUCGCCAUCAUAUUCCGAUUCUUCCUCUAUGACUGCGGCUUGUUCACUUUAGAAGUGAAGGGGAAAACCGAAGCGGCGUUCAGAGAUACACAGAAGAUAUACGGCUCUCAACCCCAAUGGCCCAGUUCUCCGGCGACGAAUGGAGCCACGCAGGCCGCGACACAAACAUUUCGAGGCGGGAUCCGCCCCUCUGCAGUUGGAACUGUGCCACAGAUAGAGCAAGCAACACCUGUACAGUUUUCGCCCGAAGACCUACGUAACUUCUUCAUUCGUGACGGGAACUGGAUCUAUCUGCUUGGCACGUCGGCGACAUGGUUUUUUCUCGACGCCAGUUUCUAUGGUUCCAAGCAAUAUCUAGCCACGGUGUCGAUGGCGUCGAUCGCCGGUUCUGCUUGUUUUGUCGUUUUGUGCAACAAGUUCCACCGCCGGAGGAUGUUGACUAAGUCAUUUCUGGCCUUGGCUCUGUUGUUUCUGGUUACAGGUGGCGUUUAUUUCAAUGUGAAAGAAACGCCAUCCGCCUACGGCACUGUUGUCAUGGUUGCAAUAUGUCAUUUUGCCUUCAAUUUUGGCGCCAACACCCUAACCUUCAUCAUCCCGGCAGAGAUCUUCCCCACAGCCUACCGCAGCACCUGUCACGGAAUCUCGGCUGCAGCUGGGAAGCUAGGCUCGAUUUUGGCAGUGCUGAUUGUGCACGGAAUCAAAGGGAGCUUUGAGGGAUCGAAUCGACAAGGCGUGCUGUUCAUGCUCUUCGCCACAUUCAUGUUGUUUGGGGCCCUCUGCAGCUGGGCGUACGUGCCUGAUGUUCAGAGGAAGAUUGUGGACGGCGGAAAGGUUAGGUGGGAGAACAUGACUUUGGAAGAGCUAGGCGAGGGUAGGGAGAAGGCUAGGCGCGAGGGCCAAGUCAUAACAAUCAAGGAGAAGAUGGGAGAGAUCAAGGCCAAGAGGUUGCGGAGGAAGAGUAGGAGGCGUGCAGAGUCGAGGGAAGAAGAGGGGCUAUGA